AUUCAGGCAUAGACCGCUGCUGGAUUUAUUUCCCCAAAUGAAUUCCGCUGCUGAACCGAAAACGUCAAAACAGCAAGAAAAUUGUCAGGCUAGAAUAAGACAAGAGCUAAAAAGUCUUCGGGUAUGACGGUUAAAAUGCGGGUUGGAAUUGUAUCACUGCACUAACGUAGCGAUUUAUUGUAGCUAUGCAGGCCUUAAUACUGCAUUUGCCCACAGAUUCCAUCCACCAGUACUACCUGACAUCCACGAGCGUGUCUGUGUAGUCUAUUGCAGUCAUUUUUGCUUAUAGGAUUUUAACGGGACAAAACUUGUGGCAAUCUAAUGUUGACAACUAAGCUGCUUUGGGAGAUCUAUUAUAUCGGCCAAAUAUUAUCGACGAGAUACGACUUGGUCCCAUUGUCAUUCAAUGUACAAUAGUGCGAUUCCAAAGCUUCCCUAUGGAUGAACCUGGGAAUGACUUCAAUGGAUCUCUUUGGAAGUGCGAGGCAGGGAUGUAAUGGAUUGGUCCCAUGGCCUGCCAGCUUCCUCUUCACAGUAUGUCCAGCUGUGGCAAACCUCCCCCACUCUCCGGAGAAGGGUCAGGCUCUAACUCUCUGGCAUGGGUCAAACUCUUCAAAAAGCCUGGAGGUGUUGGUGGUGGUGGGGGUCUGGGGAAGUCCUAUCAGCCUGGGAGCAUGUUGUCUCUGGCUCUCACCAAAGGCCUGCUGAACGAACCAGGCCAGAAUAGCUGCUUCCUCAACAGUGCCGUACAGGUGCUAUGGCAGUUGGACAUUUUCAGGAGGAGUUUGAGACAGCUUCCUGGUCAUUUUUGUCUAGGGGAUGCCUGCAUUUUCUGCGCUUUAAAGAGUAUUUUCAGCCAGUUCCAGGAGAGCCGAGAGCGAGCGUUGCCCUCAGAUAGCCUGCGCUGCGCCCUUGCCGAAACCUUUAAGGACGAGCAACGCUUCCAACUAGGCCACAUGGACGACGCUGCAGAGUGCUUUGAGAACAUUCUGGAGAGAAUUCACCUGCACAUAGUUUCUGACACAGCGACUGAGGCCUGCACAUCCAAGUCCUGCAUUACCCACCAGAAGUUUGCCAUGACACUUUAUGAACAGUUUGUAUGUCGUAGUUGUGGCGCCUCCUCGGACCCCCUUCCUUUCACAGAGCUAGUGCAUUAUGUUUCCACCACAGCCCUAUGCCAACAGGUGGGCCACGUCCUGGGGAAGAACGACAGGCUUCGGUCGGACAUGUUUGGGGAAUUGCUGCAGGCGGCAAACACCAUCGGUGACCUACGGAACUGUCCGAGCAACUGUGGCCAGAGCAUCAAGAUCCGUCGGGUUCUCCUGAACUGCCCAGAGAUCGUCACCAUUGGCUUCGUGUGGGACGCAGAGCAGUCUGACCUUACAGAGGAUGUGGUUAGGUCACUGGGUCCACAUCUCAACCUCUCGGGGCUGUUCAACCGGGUCACUGAUGAGAACGCCAAAAGGAGUGAGUUACGUCUCGUGGGAAUGAUUUGUUUCUCCAGCAAACAUUACUCUGCAUUCGCUUAUCACACCAAGUCCUCAAAAUGGGUCUUCUUUGAUGACGCCACCGUGAAAGAAAUCGGAUCCAAGUGGAAAGACGUGGCCUCUAAAUGCAUCCGGGGACAUUUCCAGCCACUGCUCCUGUUCUACACUAACCUGGAGGGGACCCCAGUCUCCAGCGAGGACGCACCCAGACAAACAACCAUGUGUCCCCGCUUUAAAGCCAACAUCAACGGGGAAGUGCCAGCAGGGAUGAAGAAGCUGGAUGCCGUCCGGGAGAAAGCAGGCCCACUCCGCUCCAACCAGGGGCCCUAUAAGCAGAUGCUACCUCCACCCUCCACCUCAGGCUACAAAAGAGUGAAAGGCCCACCUGCUAGUCUCAACACAUUCCGGGAUCCUUCCAAGGAGACUUCCCAGAGGGUGGUAGAAGGGAUAAAGAAAGAGGCCGAAAGAGGCCAUCGAAAACUAGAUCCACACAAAGAUAUGGCCUAUGCCAGAUCCCCUUCUGAGGGCGGGCUGAGGCAGCACGCCGACCAGAGUUUGCGAGGCGGGAGUGGCGCCCGGGCUGACAAGUUGUCAUCCUCCCACCAGAACAGAGCUUCCCAGGACCCACGCUCUCAAUCUGGUGCCCCUGGUGGACACAGUUGGAGACAGGAAAGCUCCCCUGGUCGCCAAGAACAGGAUGGCAGCCAGGAUGCGUGGGAGAAGGAUGGCGGGUCGGGAGCGGGCCGCAACAAAGCCAAGCCCUCCUGGAGGCCCAUCCGGGAAGUUCUGAACGUGGACAGCGUCUUGAAUGACCUUGAACGACGGCAACAACAGCAGCAGCACGGCGGCGGUGGUGGUAGCCCCCGGCUCUCUAAACCCUCCUGUCAGGAGAGGCUUCACGGCAGCGAACGGGACAACCGGGACUGGGAAAAAGAGCGGGAAAGGGAUAAAGAGCGGGAACGGGAGCGUCUCAGGAUAAGGGAAGAGCGCAAGCAGCAGAAGUGCUUGAUGACGAUUUACGAGGACGAGCAGCGGCAGGAGACAGAGAGCCACAGCUCCCUCGAAUCGGAGGGCAGGGCAAGUGGGCACGGAGACCAGGGCGGUGGAGGGGGUGGGAGCAGAGGUGGAGGGAGGGCCAAGGGCGGGCCCAAAGCCCUGUUGCGCAGCGACACCUGGACAAUCCAGAGGACUGAGUCGGGAUACGAGAGCAGCGACCGGCUGAGCAGCGGCUCCACCAACCCUGACUCGCCGGGGGUAGACAGCUUUGCCGGGAAGGAGCAGCGGUUGACACCAGAGAUGCAGUCUCAGAGCAGGGGUCAACUUCACCCAAACAGAUGUGAUUCAAAACCUGACUCAGUACACUCCUCUUUGCAUCAAGGCAAACAUCAACUGACAACUCAGGGAAAGAACUGCGACCAUCAAGUUUCACAUCUCCUGAAAAGUAGUCCAAGUUCAAGGCGAAAAUGUAGAUACAGCUCUGGCAGUUCUAAGAAAGGAGCAGGUCUAGAGAGGGACGCAAGCUCCUCAGACAACAGGAGUAGUCACAUGAUGGGAUCGCCAGAGAUGAGUAACAACAACAGAGGUGGUCACCAUGGCGACAGCCCCGCCGUGCGGCGCUUGGGUAAAACCAGCAGCUCGGAGUGGAACAGCUCUGACGACCUGGCUGGAAAUCUCUCGGAACCAGAGGACAGUGCCUACCGCUCCAGCAACAGCAAGCCCCCUCUGUCCGAGUCUCCCUGCCCCUGUCCCCCCCACCACCUGGCCUUCCACCAACUCCCCCAUAUCGAACUGGAAGAACCCUCAUCUCAACAUCAGCCCUCCAUGCCGUCACUGCCUCACCCUAAAGCCGCCCAGCGAGCUUCCCCUCACCAGGGGGAUGUUGGCCGCCAUUGCUUCCGUCCCAGGCUACUCCAAGAGCCCUCCCAGACCAGCCCCCGGCCCAGCGUCCGGCCCACCCCGGCCUCACAUAUCCCCAGCCCCAACCAGAGGUCGGAAUCCAAUGGCCCUCUGCAGAGGCCCUCGUCGAGUGCCAGCUCCAAGUCGGGCUCGGACCCAGAGAGGAGCAACCCGUCAUCGGGCGAAAGUGAGGAGAGGCUCCCCAUCUGCAGGCCACCUGGAGCCGAGUCAGCGGUAGCCCAAGGGGUUUCCCUCACCACAUACUUCAGCGUGGACAAUUGCAUGACAGACACAUACAGACUUAAGUAUCAUCACCAGCGACCCCUCCUCCUCUCAGCUAUCAUGCCCAAAGCACCAACGGAGCCCGGAGAACACCCCAGCCACCACCUGCACCCCGCAAACACACACUCCAUGCUAGACCCACCCAAAACCCGGCCUGAUGCAGGCCAUAACAGCAAUAAGCCCACUGCAAAAUGGAACCCAGUGACAGCCAAAGGACUGGAUGAGCGUGGCUAUUUGUGACGAUAUUACCUGGUCUGAUGUCCAUAUAAAAUAAGCUAUUGAACUGGAUGCCAAAGAGUCUGCUGGCUGGAAAAGUGUUGCUCCCAGAACUUCAACUGUAAUCAGUGUCAAAUGUCAAAUCACUGAUGCACUGUGGGUUACUGAAGUACUUCUAUGUAUUUUAAAGUAAGAUACAGUUUGAUAGAUACAUUUUUUCUCUGACAGUGGACUAUGUUGAUAGAUGAGUUGGAAGUUGGAAAGGGCAGUCCAAGUCAUAAUACAGUAAAAUAUAAUGAUUACCUGUUGAGUAACACUCUAUACCUUUUGGUUUAAGGUAAUGUGCAUCUCUGAUUGUGUAGCCAACACAAAUUCUGUUUCCGAAUAUAAGCGGCAAAUUCAGCAAUCUCAGAAUACAAACACUAUCAUUGUGUUUGUAUACUUGUUAUCCUGCUGAAUAGACAACUGUAAUAAUGUUAGCCAACCUGCAUGAGGGCUUAUAAAGAGGUAACAAUAGUGAUGUGUACAGUAUGAGCAUGCGCAUGGCAUACUUUACAUUUGUAUCCAACCGACAUCCAAAUUCCAAUUGGUUUAUGUUAUUGGGUUUACUUAAAUGAUAUCUACACUUUUUUGACCUGCCUCAAUUUUUCCACAUACAGUACCAUGCAAGUACUUUAUAGGGCAGGAGAGACAUCAGAUUUAUUUCAACCACUGCUAACUUGACCAACUUUAGCCACUGCUAACCAAAAAGUGAAAGGAAUGAUAGGGUAAAGCUCACUAUGUUCAGAAUUAGAAUUAGAAGUAACUUCAAUCAAUCAAAUAUCUUCAUGAUGUCCAAAUGUUCCAAAGAUGACCAGCAAGGUCAAAUAUUAAUCACAUUGGUUAUAGAGGAUGCUAUAGGUCAGCACCUCAGGAGUAAAUGUCAGUUGGCCUUUCAUAGCUGAGCAUUCAGUGGUCAAGACAGGUCGAGAGAGAGAGAGCGGGAAAGAGAGGGUCGAAAGAGCAGUUUUGGGAUAAGGUAACCGGUCCGGUGAAAAGGUCAGGGUUCCAGGCAGAACAGCAGAAACUGGAUCAGCAGCACAACCAGGUGGACUGGGGACAGGGACAGCCAGGAGUCGUCAGGCCAGGUAGUUCUGAGGCAUGGUCCUCCGGGAGGGGAGAGCGCGAGAGAGAGAUGGGAGAAUUAGAGGGAGCAUAAUUUAGAUCACACAGGACACCAGAUAGGACAGGAGAAUUAUACCAGAUAGGACAGACUGACCAUAGCCCCCAGGCACAUAGACUAUUGCAGCAUAGAUACUGGAGACUGAGACGGGGGGUCGGGGACACUGUGACCCUGCCCGACGAUACGCCCAGGCGGGGACAACCAGGCACGAUGUAAUCUCACCCACUUUAACAAAGCACAGCCCCCACACCACUAGAAGGAUAUCAACAGACCACCGACUUACUACCCAGAGACAAGAUGGCGUAUAGCCCACAAAGAUCUCCCCCACCACACAAGCCCAAAACCGGACAGGAAGAUAACGUUGAGUAUAGCUAUAAAAAAAAAGCCUUGCACGACGUGAUGCACCUAUCUUAGGGACGGAAUGGGAGAGCACUAGCAAGCCAGUGUAGAGAGGAGAACCGGCCAGACAGAGACGGCAAGGGUGGUUUGUCACUCCAGUCCCUUGCCGUUCACCUUCGCACCAGUGAUUUGAAGGUAUUUGAGUUGAUUUGGUCGUGCAAUUUUGAACAUGGUGAGCUUGCCCCUAUCACUCCAAUUGUUAAUAGUGGCUAUUUAAAUAAAUCAAACCUGUGGAUGACAGUUUCUUUGGCCCCAUAGACUACUUUCAGAGUAAGUGGAAAAAAAUAGAGGUAAGUUUGAAAACAGCAAAAAAAAUCCUUUAAGUUGUUAUUAUUUAUUGUAUUUAUUUAGGGAGAAGAUAACGGCAGGGAUUCAAUAUGAUCGCGAGUUAUAGCUAUUGCAGCUUUUAAAGCCAAUGUUUCCACAUUCACGGAGAUCCUAUUUACGGUAAAUGCUGCUAAUGUUGUCUCAAUCGGAAAAUAGCGUAAGUCUGAAAAAAGCAUAGUGUUCCAAGGUGUGGGAUACUAUGCUAGCAUGAUUGUGUCAAUAUGUUUUCAUCAAUUUCUAUAACCUACGUUCGGAUUGAAUCCGGGCCAAAAGUGUUGGACACUAUGUAAGCAUGAUUGUGUCAAUACGUUUUUGGCAAUGACACCCAUAGUAUCACAAUUUAAGGUGCAAUUGAUUUAAAUGUUGGUAAAUCUGAUAGCAAGUUGCCCUCUAGAUGUUUCUGAAUGAAGCCAAACAAAUAUAAUUCACAUUAGAAUUCAUUUCAUACUGUUUUCAUUGGAUAGGUCAGGGGUCAUUUCCCUGUCAAAAACCAGGAACCAUAACUUUUACCAUAACUUUUUUACAUACAACAUUUUCACAUUUCACAUUGUUAAAGGAAGAAAAGUAUUUGGUAAAUAACCCAAUGGGAGAUGGCUUCAGUUUUGGUGAUCCAUAAAACCAAUCAGAUCAUGCUAAUGUGUAAACUUUAAAGGCCCAGUGCAGUCAAAAUCUUGUUCUAUAUAUAUUUCCACACUAUGAGGUUGGAAUAAUACUGUGACUUUAUGAUAAUGAUGAAUACCAUUUUAGUGUAAGCUGUUUGAAAAGAGCGUCUGAAAUAUCUGCCUGUUUUGGUGGGAGGGAGUAUUGGCCUUCCAUGGUGACAUCAACAUGCAGUAAAUUAGUUAAUAGACUGAGAGAUGGGUCGAAGAUACGAGAGUUCCAAACCUCUCCGCCAUUAACAGCAAAAGCUUCUUUUUUUUGUAGUUUUCCCAUGCUCAAAUCACUCCCAGGCAGUCCUAGCAAAAUUCUUGCUCGAGAAUUUGCUAUUCCUAAUAAGAUAUUUUUGUUUAUUUUUGAACAUUUGAAUUGAAAACAAUCAAAGUAAGGCACUUCAUUGUUACUUAGAAAUGAUUUGAUAUUGAGAUAAAAACAGCUGCAUUUAACCUUUAACACUUCACAGUAGAACACUUUGUUGGUGACAGUUUGCUUGAGGAAACUAUCCGUAAUAUUUUAUAUAGGUGGGAUGGUACUUUAUCCAUGGGGAUUUCUGAACACUGCAGCUCAUGAUUUAUGUUGAAAUUUUGCAGCAUUUGGAAAUUGCCUUGGAUCAUGUGUCAUUACAUAUUUAAAAUGUUCUGGUUAGUUUGCUCAUGCAAAGUGCUUCUUUGUGAGAGGAAAAUGUCUCUUGAAAACUUUCCAGAUAUCUCAACUCCAUUGCCUGUUAUAAAAAAUUGCAACAGAGCUGCAUUGUAGUUUUAUGGUAUUUAAGUCACCAAUAGGCAAAACUUCAUUGCGGCUAACUGGGGAUACGUAUGUAGAUUCUUUAACGUAAUGAUUUAUUUUAAUUGCAAUGUUCCUCUAUCAAUUUGCAAUGUGUGCAAAGAACAGGUAAAGCAAUUACAUGGUUGGGCAGAACCAAAAACAAAUCUUCUGAAUCUUGCCCCAUGUCCCAGAGGACCCUGCUACUUUCAGAAGAAAAAAAUAAUUUAAAGGGAUAGUUCACCCAAAUUACAAAAUUACAUGUUGGUCUAUGCAGUCUAUGGACAAGGUGAGACAGCAAUCCGUGCUUUGGUUUUGUUUACCUGGCGACUGUCUCCAAAUGCAAACUUUUUACCAUCUAUGGCACAAAUUCAAUGCAAGUCAAUAUCCCCGAUAUUAGAAUCUUUUACAUUCUUCAGCAUAAAAUGUAGUGCUGCGUCUAUGUGCACAAAUCUUUAAGAGAAAAAAGCUAUUGAAAACUUAGCAUCUUCGCUGUCCUUUUUCAGUUAUCAAAACAAAAUGUAAUCCAAUUGUGAUCCGUCAUUUGAUUUUUGUAAUUUAUUUAAAUCCAUGCUGUUUCAAAAUUAAUGGUUUUGCCAUUAUGUCUGGUAAAUUUCAUUUUUUGUUAUGACAUUUUGGCAUUCAAAUAAUUUGGGGUAAGACUCAACAAACCGGGACACUAACAACAAUGGAUGUCAUAGUAUUUGCCCACUAAUGUUCUUAGGCUGUUGAUAUAUGAAUCCUCUUUAAUCUUUUUGAGCUCAACAUGAAACUGUGUUCCCAGUUCUCACUGGUAGUGUUUUUAUUUGCUUGUUGUAAAGUUGGUUAUUUCAAUGCUUUACAUUAAAUUAUUCAUGUAAUAUACAGUUUAUUAUUUAUUUAUGUAAGUCUUGCUUCAGCGGAAAGGUUUUAAUUGUUUUUCUCACUGGGUAUUUUUGGGAGUAUAGAUUUUGUAUAUAUUGCUCUGCUGUUAUAUCUGGAGUGCCUUUGCAUUUUUUCGCUGAGAAGGUUUAACAUGUUCCAUUUGAAAAGAAACAUGUACAGUAUAGCUGACUGUGUACACUUUAUAUUUUUGGAGAUGCCUAUGCAUUUAUUUUUAUUCAUUGUUUAAUAAACUUAAAAUUAUGCAAUCACUAAA